GUGUCCAUCCCUGGUUUUGACCACGUGUCCUUUGUGUCCUCCAGUCAGGAUGUCCAUCACUAAGAUCCACGCCAGGGAGAUCCUGGACUCCAGAGGAAACCCCACAGUAGAGGUGGACCUGUGGACCGCCAAGGGUAUGUUCAGGGCGGCCGUCCCCAGCGGAGCGUCCACCGGCGUCCAUGAGGCUCUGGAGCUCCGUGACGGAGACAAGGCCCGGUACCUGGGCAAAGGUACCAUCAAGGCUGUGGAUCACGUCAACAAGGACAUCGCCCCCAAGCUGAUCGAGAAGAACUUCAGCGUCAUCGAGCAGGAGAAGAUCGACAAGUUCAUGUUGGAGUUGGACGGAACCGAGAACAAAUCUCAGUUCGGUGCUAAUGCCAUCCUGGGCGUGUCUCUGGCCGUCUGUAAAGCCGGCGCUGCAGAAAAAGGCGUUCCUCUGUACCGACACAUCGCAGACCUCGCCGGACACAAGGACGUCAUCCUUCCUGUCCCUGCCUUUAACGUGAUCAACGGAGGCAGCCACGCCGGAAACAAACUGGCCAUGCAGGAGUUCAUGAUCCUGCCAGUAGGAGCCGCCAACUUCCACGAAGCCAUGAGGAUCGGAGCUGAGGUUUACCACAACCUGAAGAACGUCAUCAAGGCGAAGUACGGGAAGGACGCCACCAACGUGGGAGACGAGGGAGGAUUCGCCCCCAACAUCCUGGAGAACAACGAGGCUCUGGAGCUGCUGAAGACGGCCAUCGAGAAGGCCGGUUACCCCGACAAGAUCAUCAUCGGUAUGGACGUGGCCGCCUCCGAGUUCUUCCGCAGCGGAAAGUACGACCUGGACUUCAAAUCCCCUGACGACCCCUCCAGACACAUCAGCGGAGAGCAGCUGGGAGACCUGUACCGCAACUUCAUCAAGAACUACCCAGUCCAGUCCAUUGAGGAUCCAUUUGACCAGGACGACUGGGAGAACUGGACCAAGUUCACUGGAUCUGUGGACAUCCAGGUGGUAGGAGACGACCUGACAGUGACCAACCCAAAGAGGAUCCAGCAGGCGGUGGACAAGAAGGCCUGCAACUGUCUGCUGCUCAAAGUCAACCAGAUCGGCUCCGUCACAGAGUCCAUCCAGGCGUGUAAACUGGCCCAGAGCAGCGGCUGGGGCGUCAUGGUCAGCCAUCGCUCUGGAGAGACCGAGGACACCUUCAUCUCAGACCUGGUGGUCGGACUCUGCACCGGACAGAUUAAGACCGGCGCCCCCUGCAGAUCAGAGCGUCUGGCCAAAUAUAACCAGCUGAUGAGGAUCGAGGAGGAACUCGGAGACAAGGCCAAGUUCGCCGGUAAAGACUUCCGCCACCCGAAGAUCAACUAAGGCCACGCCUCUGUCGCCGUGACGACUGUCUGACACCCGACGACCCCUGAAGUCUCCCCUCCUGAGGCUGGGGGUGAGAGGUCAGGGGUCACGGCGGGUUUGAGCCCGCCCCCCCAACAGUGAUUCCAUUGAAGAUGUUUUCUAUAAAAACACAAAGAUUCAAUAAAGAAUAAACAAACAGACUGU